AUGUCCAGAGCAUCUCUCGUCGCCCUGAGCGAAGAACUCUGUCCAUACAUCGAAGGGCAAACAACCGUCAUGAGGGCACCGAUCGAGACGGUAAAAAGGGUUGCAAUGACACUCUACUAUUUGAGCGACGAAGGGCGGCUGCGGAAGACUGCAAAUGUAUUUGGCGUAUCGCGACAGGCUGUGUCCGACAUUGUCAGGCAGAUCGCUAUCCAUCUCUGUCCAAAAUACAUUGAGCUGCUCUUUACAGAGCCCGAGGCCGAGGAUCUGGUUUUGGGCUUCCACCGUGCUCAUGGCAUGCCACGGUGUUUGGGAGCGGUCGACGGCACACACAUCAAAAUAAAGCAGCCACCCAACAACUCCAUGGACUACAUAAACAGGAAAAGCAAGCAUUCCCUUAAUGAACAGCCUGUCUGUGACUACAGGCACAGAUUCAUGGAUGUUGUGAUAAAGUGGCCUGGGAGUGUACACAAGUUUUUGCUAAUUCAAAUCCCUCCUCUGAAAAAGCAGAUUGUGGACGAUGAGGAGGCCAUACCAGUUUUCCCUCUUGGUGACCCAGCCUACCCUCUGCUGCCUUACCUGAUGAAGGAAUAUUCCAGCGCUGGCUCCACACCUCAAGAACAAUACUUUGGUCUAUGUUUGUGUAGGGCACGCAUGGUCAUCGAGUGUGCUUUUGGUCACCUCAAAGCCAGAUUUGCUGCACUGAAAAGGCCUAUGGACAUCAAUCCACGGGAUCUGCUCCAUGUCAUUUACGCUUGCUUUGUUCUGCAUAACUUUUGUGAGGACAGUAAGGAGACUUUGGCUGAUCACUCUGUGUUGGGAACAAUACAGUGUGAUAAUGACUUGCGGCCGUCUGUACAGUGA